CAAAGGACACAUAAUUAUUGUUCCAAAUAGAGCACAGAACAUACAUAAAGCAAGUACAUAUCAGAAGAAGAAGCACUGAAGAAAGAAGAGCUCAGGAACAAUGGCCCACCUGACACUAAUUGCCAGAGCCAGUGAUGGACUACCUCUGUCUGCAUCCAUUGUCAAUGAAGAGUCUGGCCGGGAUUAUGCUGAAUACCAACCCAAGGCCAAGCAGAUAUUCCGCAAGCUGUCGUCAGUCAGCCCCCCUCGAUGCUCAAUCGAGUGUGACCCGGGUCGUAUGGUGUUCCACUACAUCCUUGAGGAGGGGAUAUGCUACCUCCCCCUGUGUGACCCCACCUAUCCUGCCAAGCUGGCCUUUAACUACCUCGAGAAUCUACACAAAGACUUCAGUGAGCAACAUGGCAACGAUGUACACAAGGCCAGUCGACCGUACCACUUCAUUGAGUUUGAUCUCAGUGACAAAGUGGGGAAGCUGGUCGACCACUCUCGUGCCAGAGGCUAAUGGCUGAUCAGCUAAUGCAGCAUGUGAGCAUCUCCUGGCUACUGUGGAUUGGUUCUGGACUGCUAGUUCAUGCUCUUGUCUAUUGGAGACAAUAUCUGCCAAGUUUCACCAGAGAUGUGUACGAGUAUGGUAAGCUGAGGAGUGAGAGUGGCUGGAGCUGGAUGAUCCCUAGUGUGCCCAAGACUCAAGGAGGUGGUUCACCCACUUCUACGUGUGGGGGGUGGUGUGGAACUACUCUGUAUUCCUCUACUACACCAGCCACUGUCUACUGCACACACGACUACCUCUAUUGAGACCAACAGCACUGCUGCAUUUGAAUUCAGGUAUAGUCAUACCGUAUAGCGGGUAUUUUUCGGGGGACAAAAUAUUUGUUGUUCAGCAAUAUUGAGACAUUUCGUGGGUAAUAUUUUCGUGGUUGGAGCAGGUAACGAUAGGCAAAGUCGCUUCAUUCGUGGUUAGAGGUCCAACCACGAACACCACAAAUAUUUUGCCCCACGAAAAUUACCCACCUCUGUACGGUAUUCAGUCUAGUAAUUGUACAUACCUUGAUUAAGUAUUAAUUGUAAGUGUACUACCAAGGGCGUAUAAAAGAAGAGAGGGCAUGCAACUCCACUAUCAGUACACGUAGCUAGCAGAGUUCAAACGUGGGCGGAGGAAUGUGUGCAUUUGCAUGAAGUGCUAAAAAUAGAAAUUUUUAUUUUUAGCAUUUCAUGCACUGUCAUGCACAUUCAUCCGCCUACGUUUGAACUCUGCUCAUAUAGGAGUUGCAUGCCCUCUCUUCUUUUAUACGCCCUUGGUACUACUGUGUAAUUGUUGACUUGUGUGUGGGUUGUUAAUUCUUGUUUAGGAGUCUCUAUUUGAAUGUCAGCCUUGAUGAAUGUUUCAUUGCAGACUCACCUCUUGCUGGCCUGAUUGUAGCCACUCUGUUGUUCCUCUGGGCCUACACACAUCAGUACCGAUGUCACGUCAUCCUUGCACAACUCAGAGCAGCCAAGAACAAGCCACAGUACGGCGGCUGUCACUGCCAAGCAGACUCACGUUUGCUAUAGACACAAGUUUGAGGACUAUCCAAACAACAGACAAAUUGUUAUGACCAUUUGUUUAUUAGUUGCUAAUAUAAUUUAUGCUAUGUACAUGCAGUACUGUGUGGUAUCAUUCAUAUUCUCCAAUCAAUAAUCUAUCAAAUUAAUGAUAGAAAAAAUUAAUUUUGAA